AUGGAAGGCGGACCAACCAAAGCGGAUGGAGGGAAAAUAGCCUCUGCACCCUGUACCUUCCUCUUUGCUGGCCUCGGAAACUUUGCUUGCCUCGGUAAAGUCGUCCGCUUGCUUUUCCUGACAAAGAGGGAAAAAGUAGAUGUCGAUGACUUUUGGGGAAGAGUGGGAGGAGGCCGACGUGACAUGAUGGUGAUUGCCACUCUUCUUCCUUUCCUCAUCGGAGCUAUGGUGGUGCACACGACUCCGAUGACCGGAGUACCUUAA